GCCUGCAGGAGGGGCCGGGGUCAAAGCUGGACAGCUUCGGGCUGGUGGGGAGAAGGGCCUGACCUGGGCUGGGGAAGAAGGACGUCAGACAUCAUCCCCCGGGACCGUGAGCAGGACCCUGGCCAGCACAAGAGGGAGAAACAACGAAGCAGUGCUUUCCAGCUCUGAGAUAGAAAAUGUCUGCAGACGGUGGGGGCGUCCGGGCCACCCAGGACCAGGAGGGAGCCCGAGAGGUUCCAGGUUACCAGCAUCCUUGUCAAGACAUGCUUUCUGAGUCAGACGAGACGGGGCCUUUGGGAAGCACUCAGGAAUCACCUGACAUCAAGACCGAGCCCGAAGAGCCGCACGCUGCGGGGGCGUCACAGGGGGAAGGGGCUCCGAGUUCAUGGAGGUGGGCGCCCCUGAGCCAUAGCUCCAAGGAGAAGGCUCUUCUCCUGCCUGGUGGAGCCCACCCCUCUCUGCAGGUCCCGGCUGUUUCCCGGGAGGGGAGAACCAGAGACCGGCAGAUGGCUGCAGCGCUCCUCACUGCCUGGUCCCAGAGCUUCAGCCACCACUCGACGCUCAUCCAGCACCAGCGCAUCCACACCGGUGAGAAGCCCUACGUGUGUGAGCGCUGUGCCAAGCGCUUCACCCGCCGUUCAGACCUUGUCACCCACCAGGGCACCCACACGGGCGCCAAACCCCACAAAUGUCCCGUCUGUAGCAAGUGCUUCACGCAGAGUUCGGCCCUGGUCACCCACCAGCGCACCCACACCGGGGUCAAGCCCUACCCGUGCCCCGAGUGCGGCAAGUGCUUCAGCCAGCGCUCCAACCUCAUCGCCCACAGCCGCACGCACACCGGCGAGAAGCCCUACCACUGCCUCGACUGCGGCAAGAGCUUCAGCCACAGCUCGCACCUCACCGCCCACCAGCGCACCCACCGCGGCGUCCGGCCCUACUCCUGUCCCCUGUGUGGCAAGAGCUUCAGCCGCCGCUCCAACCUGCACCGGCACGAGAAGAUCCACAGCACGGGGCCCAAGGCCCUGGCCGUGCUGAUGCUAGAGGCAGCAGCGGGCGCCCUGGCAGCACCCCCAGCCGCUGCGUUCCAGAGCCUGGGGGUCAUGUCCACCAACAGAGGCUUCUGUGCACAAAGGCUUCCAGGCCUGAAGCCAGCCGAGCCGGGUCGGGAACUCUGGACCCAGGAAGGGCCAUCUGGGUUUCCCUUCCGCAGGCCUUUCUGGGCCUCCCAGGUGCAGGCGAAGGGCGAGGCCUCGAGCUCCGGCCAGCAGACAGGAGAGGAGGAGGACGAAGAGAAGACGGCCGUGAGCACAGCUGUGGAGGUGGGAACGGAGGUCCCGGCCCCCGCUGCCCUUCGGGAUGUGAAGCCCUUCAGAACCACGGCUGGCAGAGACCCAGGGGGCUCCCUGCAGUGGGGACAGCUGGUCUUCGGCAGCCAGGGCUCAGGACAGACCAAGGACCACAGGCUGCCUGGGUCUCUGGAGCAGGGCCAGCCAAAGACAGCCCCGCCGGCCACCAGCCUUCUAGAAACCCAGGGGGGCGACGUUCCCGAGGAGCCCAGCAGGGAGGAGAAACCCGCAGCUGAGGCCGCGGAGAGCGGCGAGGAGGGCCUGGCCGCCGAGGGCGACGGCAGCAAGAAGACCUACAAGUGCGAGCAGUGUGGCAAGGGCUUCAGCUGGCAUUCACACCUGGUGACGCACCGGCGCACACACACGGGCGAGAAGCCCUACGCCUGCACGGACUGCGGCAAGGGCUUCAGCAGCAGCUCCCACCUCAUCCAGCACCAGAUCAUCCACACGGGUGAGAAGCCCUACACCUGCCCCUCCUGCUGGAAGAGCUUCAGCCACCACUCGACGCUCAUCCAGCACCAGCGCAUCCACACCGGUGAGAAGCCCUACGUGUCGUUCACGCCUGUCGACACGGAGAACCGCAACAAGGAGGCUCCGCGCACGCCUCUGGAUGGUAUUUCCUUAGAAGCCCAACGCUCCUCAGUCGUUGCAUGGUCCAGCCGAUUUUAG